AUGGCCACGACCAACGGUCGCGAGCUGAGCAGGGCCGACAUAUUCGAGGAUGAGAAGAAGAGGAUCAUCGACAGCUGCUUCGAGAGAAGGGAUGACGAUGGUUCCAUGCUCGAGACAUAUAUCACCCACCUGCGCAUCACAGAGUACUCGUCGUCGCCCACAGCUCCGCCACCGCCCCAGGCAAGGACAUCCCAGUCCGAAAAGGACCGCGUCAUAAUCGUCGCUGUGCGCAAGUCUGGCCGAGUGCGGCUGCACAAGUCCAAGGAGAAUCCCAACGGCACAUUCUCCAUUGGCAAGACAUGGUUCCUCGACGAUCUUUCGGCCAUCGAGUCCUUCACGAGCCCCACAGCCAACCCGACCUUCCAAGACUCGGCUCGCGAUGUUGGAUUUGUGGUUACCCUCGGAAAGCCAUACUACUGGCAGGCGCAGACUGACAAGGAGAAGAAGUUCUUCAUUGCCAGCAUAAUCAAGAUCUACGCCAAAUACACGGGCGGCCGCAUGCCCAACCUAGCUGGCUUCGAUCAGCGCGAGCUUGAGCAGGUCUUGGGCGGCGCCCAAGCCCCGAGGAGACAGGACCGCCCCCCGCCUCCACGGCCCGCCCCUCUCGAGACGGCCCCUAGCAGCGGAAAUGGCUCGGCCUCGUCAGGCUACAACGGCGCGGGGACCCUGAGCGCUCAACUUAACGCGCCCCCUGCCUUUUCCGAGAGAAUACCCUCUCGCAGCCCACUGCCGCCCAAUGGACCCAAUGGAAGAUCUUCUCCUGCCCAAAGUGUGGAGUCGGGACGGAAAUCCUUGGAGCAGCCAUCCCUGCGGCGGCUGGCAUCAAAUAACCAGAGCCAGGACUCCGUGACCACGUCUCUUGCCGCAAGAAGUGAGGAUACGAGCAGCAUCCGCCCGAGGUCGAGGAACGGGAACGGGAACGGGGUCAACGGGGCCGGCUCAAACUAUCUUACUCCCAGUCCAGAGCCUCAACCUCCUCAACUCCAGGUAUCGGAGGAAAAGCCGCCCGCGCGAAAACGGCCUCCUAUGGAUCCCCUGCGCCCGCAACAAGCUGAUAGAGACCUGGUUCCGGCGCCUCUGAUGAGUCCCGGAAUACGUCGAGAUCCACUAGCGGUCCCUCCCCGCAGCGUGGAGAGGGUGUCACCCCGUCAGAACUCGACAAGCAGACGCAAUCAGCCACAGCCAUCAGAUAGCCAGAGCUUGGCUGUUAACGGUGCUGACACCGCAAGGGAGGCCCAGGGGACUCUUCCCAUACCCUCCGAAACGACGGCGCCUUCCAUCAAAGCCUCUGUUUCGCCGCUUCCUCUCCCCGUCCCUUCACCAACGACCACGGACGAGGUAUCAGAUGAUAGCAGGCCCGGCCUUGGGCCAAUGAUCAAAUCUAAAAAGUCCAAGGGAGAAAUUGCAGGAGCAUUUUGGAAGGCGGCGACGGCAGUGUCGGCUUUCAAGCCGAGGCCAGGGGGUGCAGCAGAUCGCAUUCGGCAGAACCAGAACAAGAGCACCGAUGGCCCCGACGGUAUCACGGCUGUAGUGCCUCCUCCACCCCCAGCUCCGAAGCCGGCCCCUUCUCAAAGAGCACCAGAGCCCGCUCCUACCCCAGAACCACCACCAAAGGCUGCUGAUAGAGUCUCGGCCGCAUCGGGUAUACCCGAGGUGAAGGUCACGUCGAGCUCUAACAGUAGGCCGGCUAGUCUUCAAUCCUCACUUAAGGAGAAGAAGAUAGAAGAGACAUCGGCGCUGGAGGACUCCCGCAAGUCCAUCAUCAGCGGAAACGACGUCAAGUACCUAGCCACUCUCGGCAUAGAUCCUGCUAUCCUAGACAGCCAGACUGCCGAGUUUACUAAGUGGCUGGACUAUUUCGGCUGGGUUCCGGGCGAGCAAAUGCGGGCUCGUAACUUUGACGAAAUGCGAGCUGACAUCGAUCGAGAACUCAAUAAAUCCCAGGCUGGGGGCUGGCUCGCCCGUUUUCAGGAGGAAGACGAGAGGGUCGAUGGCAUCAAAAGGGGGAUUGAUCUUGCAAUUAACGAAUGCGACGAGCUUGACAACCUACUCACGCUAUAUAGCGUCGAGCUAUCCACUCUCUCCGAUGACAUAGCCUACAUCGAGGCGCAAGGCCAGGGCCUCCAAGUCCAGGCUGCCAACCAGAAGCUCUUAAUGAAGGAGCUAGAGUCGUUGCUAGAAACCUGCGCCAUCAGCGAGUCCGACCUUGAGGCUCUCAAAGUGGCACCUCUAGACAGCUCUGGCGGCAUCGAGGAGAUCGAGUCCGCCCUUGUCACGCUGUACAAGGCCAUGACGAAGAUUGAUCCGGCCAUAGGCAACAAUGACUCGCGUAAGAGCGAGGAUGAAAGUGGAGACCAGUCGCUCGGGCUCAACACUGACUAUGGCAAUAUGCGUAUUGUUCAGGAGAAGAAGGAGAUGUACACAGCUGAGAGCUCUCUCUUCAUGCGGCGGCUGGUGGAGUUCAUGGCAAGGCAGUUUGACGACUCCUUCCGCGCGACCAGAUCUGCGCUAGACGGUGCCCUAUCCAAGAAAGUCGACCCUCGUAACCACGAAACCGGGAGGGAAAUGCUCUGGAUAUAUAGCCCCUUGGUUCUCUACGCCCGGGAUGUUGACCUAGACAACUGGAACCGCAUCGUCCAGAUAUACCAGGACAGAUGCCACCCCAUAUACAAGGCCGAGUUCAGGGAAGCCAUGGACGCCUGGAAGAAGAACGCGAGGAAAAUGACGGGCGAAGAGAGCGAGCUGUUGUUCACGUCGCAGCAGGAGAAGAAGGAGGAGGGCCUAGCGACAACGGCCAGGAAGCUCACGGUGAAGCGAAGCCAAACGCUGGCCAGAAGUCUCCGGUCGCCACUCGGCGACGGGAGCAGCAGGACGAAUCUAGACAAGACACCAGACGGCAGAGCUAUUCCGUACGAGGUGUUUGCUGGCGUCCUGGACGAUCUACUGCCUUUGGUGGAAAUGGAACAAAAUUUCAUCGUCGACUUCUUCCAUGCCACGACGCUGGAGCAGGCAGACUUCCCGGAUCUUGUGGCGACAUCGAGGCCCCGCGACCGCCGAGGUGGCGACCUAAAGCGGCACCGGCUAAUGGAGCCGGACCGUGAGCUUGCCCGCAGGGUGACACGCGCCAUGGAGGCGGUUUUCCUGUUCUUGGAGCCGAACUUGCAGCAGCUCAUGGACUGGGUGUUGAACAUGGAUCCACUACAAGGGGUUGGCAUUCUUGGGACGCUAGAGCGCAAGAUGGCCGACAUGGGGCAGUCCAACCAGGACUUCCUCAACAGCAUGCUGCAGAAGCUUCACGGCAACCUCGAAGCUAAGUUCAGGAAGUUUGUCGACGACCAAAUCCGGGCCAUCGAGGAGACGAAGGUCAAGAUCAAGAAGCGUAAAGGUGUCAUCCAUUUCGUGCGCAUCUUCCCACAAUUCUCAACCGCGGUGGAGAACAUGCUCUCGGGUGUGGACUCGAGUCUGAGCGUCCGCCGCAUGGUGGACCGCGAGUACGACCGAAUCCUCAAGUCCAUGUUCGACUCGCUGAAGGUGAUUGCGCGCGAGAACCCAGCUGUGGGUGCAGCCGGCGCCGCUGGUGUCAACUCGGCCGACCCCGAAGACAAGGAGACGCUCAACUUCCACAUUCUGCUCAUUGAAAACAUGAACCACUACCUCGAGGAGGUGGACAACCCGCGUGGGCUCGAGGUGCUCGAUGACUGGAAGGAGGCGGCCCAGCAGGAGCUUGCCGAGCACAUGGGCCUCUACCUCAACGCCGUCAUGCGGAGACCUCUCGGCAAGUUGCUCGAGUACCUCGAGAAUAUCGAGGCCCAGCUCGCCAGCGGUGCCAAGUCGCCCGCCGCCGUUGCCGCUCAGCCCAGCAACUCUAAGGCAACGUUCAACAAGAUCCUCGGCGGCUACGACGCGCGCGAAGUACGCAAGGGCAUCGAGACGCUCCGCAAGCGUGUUGAAAAGCACUUUGGCGACGCCGACGACUCGUCACUGCCUGGCGGUGGGGUGGGGACCCUGAGCAGCAGUUCAAAGAACCUCGUCAACCGCGUGCUCCGCGAAUGCGAGCGCUUCUACUCGGACGUGGAGCUGCGCAUCGGCGCCAUCACGACGAACGUGUAUGGCGGCGAUGUGCUCUUUGAAUGGCCCCGCACAGAGGUCAAAAGUGCAUUCUCGGUUUCUGGGAGGUGA